AACUGAAUAGUCUGGCAGCUCUAAGCUAAUGUCAGAGCGCAACGGCUUCCUGUUAGCUUUCUUUGACAGCGCUCUUUCUACCAUUUGACAGCAACUGAGUGACAAUGGCAGUCCGCUACGAGCUGUGUAUUGGUCUCAACAGGGGCCACAAGACCACCAAAGUCAAGAAUGUCAAGUAUACCGGCGACAAGAAGGUCAAGGGUCUGCGUGGCUCCCGUUUGAAGAACAUUCAAACCCGCCACACAAAAUUCACCCGCGAUCUGGUUCGUGAGGUGGUUGGACAUGCGCCCUACGAGAAGCGCACCAUGGAAUUGCUGAAGGUGUCCAAGGAUAAGCGCGCCCUGAAGUACCUGAAGCGCCGCUUGGGCACACACAUCCGUGCCAAGAGGAAGCGUGAGGAACUAUCCAACAUUCUCACUCAGCUCAGGAAGGCUCAGACUCAUGCCAAGUAAAAACCUUGGCAACCAACAACAGCAGCAGCAAAAAUAACAUCAAUCGGUACACUUUAAAACAUCAACGGUGUUUUUUUUAUAUAAAUGUUGUGCAGUGUUAACAGCAUUUGCUAAAACGUGUAAA